AUGCCGUCCCUCCUCCUUAUAGUCUUCGUGCUACAGCUUGCCCUCCACCUCCUCAAUAAUGUCGGCUCAAGCUCCGUAAACCAGCUGCUAUGGGUCCUCUACAACAAACUCCCCACGCCCACCGCCGCAGGCGCCAAAAAGCAGACGAUCGCAAAGCGUGAAGUCAUCCGGCUGAAGCGCGAAAUGGCGGGUAUCUCGGCACAAGACGACUUCGCGCGGUGGGCGAAAGUGCGACGGCAGCAUGACAAGGCUGUUGCGGAUUUUGAGAAGAUCGACGCCAGCCUCCGCACUGCCCAAAAUACCUUCAGUACCACCCUCACCACUGUCCGCUGGGUUAGCACCACCGGCCUGCGCUAUAUUCUCCAAUUCUGGUAUACCAAGCGCGCGCUGUUUUGGAUCCCGAGGGGCUGGGUGCCUGGGUAUGUGGAGUGGAUUCUGGCAUUCCCAAGGGCGCCGAGGGGAAGUGUUAGCAUCAACGUGUGGGAUGUGGCCUGUGCGAGCUGUGUCGCGAUGGUGAACGAGGCGGUGCUUGCGGUGUGGGCGCUGGCAACAAAGGACAAGGCGGCGGAGAAGGGAGCACAUAAGCAGGAGGGUAUGGCGAUACCGGCG